AUGGCCGUCACGGCAGACAUCCCCAUCAUCGACAUAUCAGGAGACCAAGCCGCCGUGGCCCAGCAGCUCGUCGACGCCGCUCACGAGCACGGCUUCAUCUACAUCAGAAACCUCGGGGCUGACAUUUCCCCCGACAGCAUCGAUGGAGCUUUUGCAUUGUCCAAGAAGCUGUUUGAUGCUCCCCUCGCUGAAAAACAGGCGUGCACCAUCCAGACCAACAAUCGCGGCUGGUCUGGCAUGCACUCGGAGACUCUAGAUCCCAAACAUCAAAAGGUCGGAGACUUCAAAGAAGCUUUCAACUUUGGCGAAUUCGUCAAUGGCAAGGCCCAACAGCCUCUCCCACCCACCAUCGCCGGCGACGAGCCCCAAAUCAGCGCCUUUGCAGACUCUUGUCACAAGCUCUGUCGGAAGCUGCUACACCUCCUGGGAAUUGGCCUCGGAGUCGGUGACUUCUUCUCCUCAGCACACAGCACAAACGGCGAAUCCAGCUCCAUCCUGCGCCUCCUCCGCUACCCACCCCCCGAGCAAACUUCCCGCUCCAGCGACGACGUCCGAGCCGGCGCCCACUCCGACUACGGCUCCAUCACCCUGCUCUUCCGCCUCAAAGGCCAGGCUGGCCUGGAACUGCAAAAGAAGGACGGCUCAUGGGCGCCAGUCCCCGUCUGCCCGCCGGGCUCAGAAAACGAUCCCAGCCCCCCUAUUCUCAUCAACAUCGGCGACUUGCUGUCUUACUGGACGAAUGGGCUUUUCAGGAGCACCGUUCAUAGGGUAGUCUUCCCUUCGGAGGAUGGAGGAAGCAAGGUUGAGGGCGAGACGAGCGCGGGACCGCGGUACUCUAUUGCUUUCUUUUGCCAUCCGCGGGGAGCGGUGCCGCUGGAGCCGGUGCCGAGCGAUAGGGUGAGGAAUUAUGUUCCGGAUGCGAGCGCACCGAAUGAGAAUCCGUAUGCGGAGAGGAAGGUUAUGACGGCGAGUGAGCAUCUGUUUAUGAGAUUGAAGGCUAGCUAUGGGACGUUGUAUGAUGAGAAGAAGGAUACGUAA